AUGGGGUUGAGGGCAAAAUCGCAACUUGGCUGUACUACGAGUCCUUUAACACAUCAAAAUUCCACAAAGGUUAGCAGUAAACGAAAGAUGAAAAGGGAUUAUUAUUGUUGGUCAAAGUUGUUUAAUCAUGGUGGAGGGAAAGUUCUUUCGGUUGAGAUGGUUGAUGACUAUAUGGUUGACCUUUCAAAGCUUUUUCUUGGUCAUAGAUUUGCUCAUGGUGCAAAUAGUCAACUUUACCAUGGAUCAUAUAAGGAUGAACCUGUAGCGGUUAAGAUAAUUCAGGUUUCUGGUGAUAACGAAAACAAAAAACUAGCAAUUCGACUCGAAAAUCAGUUUGCAAGUGAAGUAAAUCUGUUGUCUCGUCUUCACCAUCAAAAUGUCAUUAAGUUUGAAGCUGCUUGUAGACAACCUCAGGUUUUCUGUAUUAUUACCGAGUACCUUUCAAAAGGUUCAUUAAGGGCAUACUUGAAUAAGCUAGAGGAUGAUACAAGAAAAGAGAAAGAAUAUCUUCCAAUAAGUAAGCUUAUCAAGAUGGCGUUAGACGUUGCUCGUGGAAUGGAAUACAUUCAUUCACAAGGCGUUGUUCACAGGGAUCUGAAGCCCGAAAACAUACUAAUAAACGAGGAUUUCCAGCUUAAGAUUGCCGAUUUUGGUAUUAGUUGUGAGGAGGCGUACUGUGAGUUUUUGGCAGAUGGUCUUGGAACUUACCGUUGGAUGGCUCCCGAGGUGAUUAAAUGGAAAUCCUACGGUCGGAAAGUUGAUGUGUAUGCGUUUGGGCUCAUUUUAUGGGAGAUGGUGGCUGGGACUAUCCCGUAUAAAGAUAUGACUCCAGUUCAAGCUGCAUUUGCUGUAGCUCAUAAGAAUCUACGGCCAUCUAUUCCAGCUAACUGUCCUCCGGCAAUGAGAGCAUUAAUCGAGCAAUGUUGGUCAUCACAUCCCGAAAAAAGGCCCGAAUUCUGGCAGGUGGUGAAGGUGUUAGAGGAGUUUGAGGCAUUCAUCGCUCGCGAGGGAAAUUUGAAUCUUUUACAACACUCGACAUGUUUAGAUCAUAAAAAGGGGCUUCGUCACUGGAUUCAGAAACUCGGGUGUCAUCAUCAUCAACAAUCCAAGUCACCCAUUGUGUCCACUAAUUAAAAUGACUUGUUCUUAAUCUAGUAGUUGUUUGCUGUA